AUGAAAUAUGUAACAUCCAUAAAAGAUGUAGAUGUGCAGAGUGACACUGAUAUAGUAAAGAUGUUUGAUGAGUUCAAUGAAAUGGAUGAUAUACAUCUUUAUGUUUACAAUGUACAAAUGAUCAAGCAAACUGAAUGUACUACCAUCAAUGGACACAAAUUGAGAGUGAUUGGUGGUGAUACUGUAAUAGAUCGGCUAGAAAUGGGAGCAAAGUUUAGAGAGGUGUUGGAAUAUGAAAUUCAAGAAGGAAUUCAGAUUUUGAAGAAGACAAAUGAUAAGAACAGAGUCACUGGAAUUUGCAGUGGGAGAGGUUGUCCAUGGAGGAUUCAUGCUUCACUUAACAGUGAUGGGAUCACCUUUGUAAUCAAGACACUUAAUCCCAAUCACACAUGUCAGAGGUUUAGUAUUAAAAAGGAGGGUGUAACUGUAGCAUGGAUAACAAAGAAAUUGGCUUCCAAUGUUAGGGCAGAUCCACAUAUGAACAUCAAUGUAAUGGAAGACUAUUUAACAGAAAAGUAUGGUGUGAAAGCUAAUAAGACUAAAUUGUACAGGGCUAAAUGUAUUGACAAUGAAGAAACUGAUGGCAGUCAUGCAAGGGCAUACAAGAAGUUAGAAAAUUAUGGGCUUAUAGUUAAGGAAAAAAACCCUGGGACAGAAUUUGGAGUAUAUAGUGGAGUAUUGGUUUCAGCAAUUGCAAUUGAUGGGAACAAUGGAAUGUUUCCCCUUACAUAUGGUGUGGUUGAAACAGAGUGUAAAGAUAGUUGGUUAUUCUUUCUUGAUCACUUACUUGGAUGCAUUGGGACAGUCACACCUAUUGGAAAACCAUUUACAUUCAUGACAGACAAACAAAAAAGUCUGAUUGAAGCAAUUGGAAUCAAGUUCCCAUUAGCACAUCAUAGGCACUGUAGCGGACAUCUAUAUAAUAAUUUCAAGACACAGUUUGAAGGUGGGCCUACAUUGAGGGGAUAUUUCUGGAGAGCAAGUAAAUCAUAUAAUGCUACGGGUUUUCAAAGGGCUAUGAAUGCCAUGAAAGAGGAGAAGCUAGAAGCAUAUGAGUGA